UUCUGUGUUUCGUGCAGCACGAGGCCGGCAUACGCAGCCCAACACCCGAUCUUGUCCCCCUCUCCACGCAGUUAAGGUAUAUCCAUACCUUACGUGCAUACAUUACAUUCAUUGUAUGCACCCGGCAAGACUGCCAUCUCUCAUCAACCAUCAGCGCUUCCAUUCUUUUUGUCCGGGAACCCCCCUUCCCUCCCUCCUCCACCCGCCCCGGAUCAUCACUAAAUUACACUACCUUACUCCGUACCUCGAGAGACUGUCUGGGACGCACAGCAACCUUGCGUCCGCACCCUGUUGUUUGCUGCACCUGGUCGACCUGGCCCCCCCUGCUUCCCAGGGCCUUGAAACCACCAACAGAUCGCCUGUGCAUCUCACCGUUAUUGGUGUCCAAUUUACUUAUCCGGGGAUCGCGGCAGCCCUGAGUUGACUGCGCCGCCCGUGUACACCCCUGGACGUUUACCCGAGGCGAAUAUCUAGUUAGCCCUCACCCCUUGGGCCCUCUCUGGUCUGCCGCGAAACCACACUGCACUCAUCUGUGUGUGCCUGUGUCUGUGUGUGUGCGUGUGCGUGUGCGCGUGCGU